CACGAAACGUAAACGAUGAACGUAUGCAUGGAAUAUUACCAAUUGGUGUCACUCCAUUUGUUUUAUCAUAUAGCCUUAGUAUUUCUAAUUUUACUGUACACAAAAGUGGAUCACCAGAUGCUUUACGUUCUUUUGGCGUUAAAUUUUCUGAUAGCCCCAGGUGAAGCGGCAAAAAUUACGACACAAUAUGGCACCAUAGAAGGAGUCGUCUUCCGGACAAGAUCGGGCAAGGAAGUGCUUGCCUACAUGAGUAUGCCUUAUGCCGAACCACCGGUUGGAAAGUUACGUUUUCAGCCUCCGGUACCCGUGAAACGUUGGCCAAGGACGCUUAAUGGGAGUAGAAUACAUGGGAAAUGCCCUCAAAGGGCAAUCUACACGUCAAGUGUUGCAAAAGAAGGUGACGAAGACUGUCUUUACAUCAAUGUGUACACACCCCUAAAUGUGCGCGAAAGUUUACCAGUAAUGGUCUAUAUCCACGGCGGAGGAUAUCGUACCGGUUGUGGUAGCUACAACUGCUUUGCUCCCAAUGUCAUUUUAGAGAAGGAUGUUGUAAUGGUUGCCUUUAAUUACAGAUUAGGUCCUCUUGGCUUUCUCAGUACAGGGGAUGGUGUUGUUCCCGGAAACAACGGCCUAAAAGACCAAAACCUGGCACUCCGUUGGGUCAAGGAUAAUAUACGCGAUUUUGGCGGAGACCCCUCGAGAAUCACGUUAUUUGGCCAAUCAGCAGGCGCUGCUAGUGUGCAUCUGCAUAUUCUAUCGGCCAAAAGUCAAGGAUUGUUUCAUAGCGCGAUAUUACAAAGCGGAUCGGCUUUGACGGCUUGGGGUUUUGACCGAAACCAGAACGUUGCGUAUACCAAAACCGUUGCGAAAAGCUUAAAAUGCCCGACAACGGAUAACCGUGCACUAGUCGACUGUUUAAUGCAUAAAAACCCUCAUCAAAUUGUAGAGGCCGAUAUUAACCUUAGAAAAUGGUCGAUUGAUCCCACCGUCACGUUUAAACCCACAAUUGAGGAAGACACGAACGACGGUUUCAUCACACAACCCCCGUCAGAUUUAAUUCGGUCAGGAAAUUUCUCGAAAGUCCCAUUGAUCAUUGGGAUGAACACCGAGGAAGGCAGUAUGAGGACCAUUGGAAUAUAUCGGGAUCCCUUCGUCACGAAAUACUUUAACGAUCAUUUUGAGCAAGUUGCUCCGGUCUCUUUGGGCAUCGAAAAUCUCUACAGCAAUUUAGGUAGUGUAGUGAAACGGAUACGAGAUUUUUAUUUUAAAAGUUCCCCUAUCAAUCAUCACGCACGAUUAAAUGUGAUAGAUAUGUACUCAGAUGCUCGGUUUAAUAGUGGCAUUGACGAAACUGUGAGGCUGCAUAAAAAACAUGCGGAUUCGGAAGUAUUUCUUUAUUUGUUCGGACAUAGAGGUGCUGGCAGUUACAGUGAAAUGCAAGGCGAGAUGUCCACUAAUUACGGUGUCAACCACUGUGAUGAACUUUUUUAUUUGUUUCCCUACAUGGAAACCCACUUACCCUUCAAGAAACCGGACGCUUUUGACAACAGGAUUUCAAAAGUAUUUACGAACCUGUGGACUAACUUCGCUGCGACUAGCAAACCGACGUUAACAAAGGAUUCCGUCCCGGUUUGGGAACCAGUUGCGACGGAUAGACUAGAAUUUUAUUUUAUAGGCCAAAGUAGCCACAUGGGCACCAAUCUGCUCAUGAAACGCCUACAGUUUUGGAGGAAAUUAAACAAGGAAUUUAGGAAACCCGACUAUGACUAGUUUUUCGCCUUUGCUCGAAGCAUCUGUUUUUCUGCUCUAGUUUUAGGUCUAGUUAAUUUCAUUUGUGAGUCGGAUGGUACGAUUCCAAGGGAAGGAGGUGGUGGUACCGGUCCUGCCAUUACUGCACACGUAUAGUUUCCGGCACCGGGGUCGUCGAAAAUUAAUUCCCCUUCGCGAUCUCUCCAAGCGCAGUAGCUAACUUCGUAGAUAGUCUAAUUAAUUAUUUAUGUUAGAAUUGCUGAUAUAUUAAAUUAUUGACAAAGUA